CUUCUCUUGAUACAGAACACAUGCGGCGUAGAAGCCAUCACUUCUAUGCGGAUCCAUUCAAGAGCAUUUCCUUGUAGGGCAAGGACGCGGGAGACCUUGGGUUUUAAUAAGGGUCAUUGCUGGUCAACGAGACCCAUAGAGAUGGUACUGAGGGGAUUGAGUGGGAUUCUAGUUGUUGAUUGACCAAAGCUUUCGCCCUGGCAUACGGCGAUCUGAAGAGGCUACAAACUAAAAUUCUGUAAGGAAGUGCAUGAUCCUCGGAAAGUAUUUGAUCUUUAUUCCGGCGCUGGAACUUGCAGAGUACUACUUAAUAACGCUCUGCCACAGGUUUCCUCGUCAUCUUGUCCAGCAAUUUGUUACUUUUUUGUUAUUCUCAUUUCGACAUUCUCUUGCAAAGAAGGCUCAAUGUCAACGCAGUAUGACCUUGUUGGAAAACCAUUUCCGCCAAUGACAUCUCCGAAUUCGGCCUACUCUUUCGAUUUUGGUCGUGACAAUAUAUCGGCGCCGACAACUGAACGCUGGCACAACUCCCACCGAUCGCGUAGAUCUGAACACACGUUAACCUCAUCGCCUCGUCAGUCCUGGGAGGUUCAGCCGUUUAACACGGCCUUUCGUGCCUCAAAUUGUAGUGCUCCCGCCUCACAGAACAUUAUCAAGAACACACUACGUGUCGACGUUGGUUCUUAUGUCCCCCAUUCACAGUCGGCACUGACUUCUGCACCUUCCGCGAACGAGAGCAAUAUUUCUUUUGUUUCUCCCUCUUUAUCUCUAGCUAGCUCUACAUGGUGGGGUAGCUCAUCAUCUUCACCAUCUCCCGCUAUUUCUACACCAUAUACGUUCUCAUCUCCAUUCGUCAAGAAAGAAGAGCCAGACUCUCCUAAAUUCAUUAUAGAGCCACUACUGCCUUCGUCAUUGGUUACCAAGCGGUCGUCUUCAUCUUCCCCAGAACCAUGUUCGUCGCCAACGCAGGCCGAGCUCGAAUCGCAGUUGCUAUUAUCUCAGGCCCUUGCUCCUCCUACCGAAGUCCCAUUGCGGGCCACGCAAGCUUGUGAUGAUAUGAGGCAGAUGAUGCGGUCGUUCAGAUUAAAUCCAUUCUCAAUCUUUACUAGCAAUGGCAAAGAUUUGAAAUCGGACAUUAGCGAUUGCAGUGAUUUGGAUCCAGUCGUCACAUGGUGUGGUGAGAUAGCCAAGCCUCUAGAUGAAGAGCCACUAAUAUUCGAGUGGCAACUCGAUGAUUAUAGGAGUGGUUUAGAGGGAGAGCUACCACAGCUCAUUGUGCUAGGUGAUGUAGAGGGUUCCUUGGAUAUUACUGAUCCUGAAGACAGUAUCCUCGAGGCGACUCCGAGAGAAGAUCCAGAAUCUCCGAUGAUCUUCUCUCCCUCCGAGUCGCUCUUAUCAUCAGAAGUUGCGAGUCGGUCGGGCUUCUCGACCCCAGUCGAAACCGAGUUCCAGCGUACACAUGUUGACCUACCAGCAACGCUUCCGAAUACUAUAUCCUUCUUUCCAAAUUUUGGUCCGAAGCAGGUGGAAACGAAGCAGCAGCGCGAUGGCAGUUACGACUCCGGCUACGAAAGCAACGCUUCCCUCACAAAUCCACUUCCUGUCUACGACUCUGAGUGUCUCGCAAACUCAUUCCAUGGUCGGUCUCUCGAUUCAGGAACGUACAAUCCGUCGUACAAAAAGCCAAGAUUCAGCUUUCAUGCAGAUGAUAAUCGUCCGAUCUCGCCUACUUCUAGGAGCUAUAAUCGUGAAAUACCCUUUCGCACAGGAUAUACUCGUGAUCCGCCGAGUCACCAAUUAGAGAAUGAGAAUUCUUUGCAUUCGGUGAGGGAACUUGGGUUUGAAGGAAGUUUGAACAUUUCGCGUCAUUCAAAAGCGCUAGCAGCUCCGUACACGGCAUCGACAAUGAACUCAAGGCAUAAUCUGAAUCAUAAACGUGCUUCAUAUGGCUCCAUGUAUAUCCCCACUCUCCUGAAUACAGAUUCCCCCAAUACCCGGGUUCCACCAUCACCAUACCCGACGAGCUACGGGCCAUUCACUCAGUCUCCGACCCCCUUGAAGUUUGGAGCUCUCUCUACGAGAAUGAGCUACCCAUCUAGUACAACAUCCGAUUCGCCAACUUCCGCUCUGUCAAGUUCCCAUCCAGCUCAGAGUCCAUCCACUCAAGAUGUGAUGAAUGUAACUAGAAUAUGGCCAAAUGCAGCGAAUCCGCAACCUGACCCGAACCCGAGCUCGGAGUCAGCAUUAAGACAACUUCACCGGCAGCAGCAGCAGGAACGCGUACGACAAUAUCAUUCCCCUGCUUUGUCUAUGCUAAACGCGGCAAUUCGGCCUGGGAUGGCAGUGAGCUCCUCUCUACCCCCGCUUUGUUACCUUGGGCAGCAGCAGCAGCUUCCACACCUUCAAGCACCUCAAGGUAGAACACUGUUGAGUCCGCUGACCUCAGACGCUACGCGUCUGCGAACAAGCGGGCAGGCAUUCCCUGCUUUGGCUGGGCAUUGAGCACAAAGCACAAUCGCCGGUCAGGCGCAGAUCUACUUUUCUUACUUUACCUCGAUUUUGACUCGACGCCCAAGUUCUUUGUCUAUGUUCGUGUAUGUAUUGCUCGCUUUCUGUUCACCUGCUGAAUAAUGUGUUCUCUCUCUGCGACUAUGGUUCGCUUCUGUUCGUUAAGUUAGUAUGCUCUGACGAUUUCCUGUUUAUGCUGUUUAUGCUAUUCUUUGUCCCUCCAUUUCUGAACAUUCUCGUAUGGUGCGUGCUGUCAUCCGUAUUGACCCAGUGACCCAUAGUGUAUUAUUACCGAACUUUGCGCAUACCACUAAUUUAGGGAUACCGAUUUACUUCGUGGGAAAAAUAUAA